CCCUAGGUACACGUCCGCACAGUGCGCGCAUUUACGCGCGCGCCCCGCAUGCAAGCUGUCCCCAACAACCUCCAGGUUGGCAUCCUCCUCCUCCGCCGCGACACCGCCCGGCGGGUUGUCGCCCCCUAUAUAUACGCUCACGGCUCACUCCUCCCCACAAGACACAACCACCGCCGUGCGCGCGCAGCUCGAGCUCUGCUCCUCCCUUCACCUCGGAUUAAUAAACUUCGGCGCCGAUUUUUACUAUAAUAUUUUACCAUGGGCGCGUGCAACUCGUGCGAGGCGACGGCCGUGGCGGCGGUCACGGGGGCCUCCGCGGUGGGCGAGGCCACGGCGGCAAGGGUCGUGCUCGCGGACGGCCAGCUGCAGCGGUUCCCCGGGGGCACCCGGGCGUCGCAGGCCAUGAAGGCCGCGGCGGCUCCCGCGGGCGCGUGCUUCCUGUGCAGCGCCGACGGGCUCGAGCUCGGCGGCGCGGUGGCCGCGGUGUUGGGCGACGAGGAGCUGCAGCCCGGGCAGCUCUACUUCGUGCUGCCCGCGGCGAUGCGGCGGCGGGCGCUGCAGGCGGAGGAGAUGGCCGCGCUCGCGAUCCGCGCCAGCGCCGCGCUGGCCGGCGACCACGACGGCCCGCUCGUGUUCCCCGACUCGGCCAGUGGCGCCCCCGCGGCGAGGAGCGGCGCGAAGGGCGGGUCCCGCCGGCGGUCGCGGAGGGCGCCCAGCCUCGGGCGCGACUUCGUGCCGGAUCUCGGCGCCAUUGCCGAGUAGCCGCUGGCCUGGCCGGCGAGAUGGAUCGACCGAACCGGACGCGCGGCGGGCGGCGAGGAAAAUAACCCGAGUGUAGAGUUACGUGUAAACUAAUCCAGUGGAGGGAGAUUUGGUUUGACUAAUGCUAAUCUAGUGUAGUUGGGGGGGAGGCUAAACAAGCUCUGCUUAGCUGUAGCUACUGCCGCACGUUCCAGUGUAGUGCGCAUGUUGUACAAGAAAGACGCGUAGGCACAUUGCAUUGCGUAUUUUUUUGAUCC